UGGGAUACCCCUCCGAUCUGCUCCCGCUCCGAGCCACCUUCGAACAACUACCGAUCCAUCCCCGCCUUAGCUCCGACAACUUUCAGGUCAUGUACUGAAGCUCCCUUUCUCUCAAUCGCCGUCUUGUAUCAUGUCCUCAGAUGCAGCGGCUUUCCCCUCUCCACCGGAUUUCGCCCCGUGGGAUAAUGCCAGGCGUCCUCGAUCCCUCGGAGUCAUGCCGACAAGCGGGCGGCCAUUCGGACUGGCAUCGCAGCAAGUCGGCAACAAUCAGAGCGCCCCGGCAAGCCAACCGCCGUUGUUUCCCAACAUAAAGGAUCUACAGGAUGAAGCGGCAGCUUUGGAUGUCAAUGAGAAUGCCUCGCUUAGUGUUUUGCUUGAGCGAGCGCAAGUGGCCAUAAACCAAGCCCGGGAGCUUUCCGACAGCGAUCAACUAGAUCGAGCCUAUGUGCAGUACCUUCGUGCCUCCGAGAUAACCAUCAACAUUAUUCCCCACCACCCUGACUAUCGUGCGACAGCCAGUCAGAGACCGGCAUGGUUCAAGAGAUUUGCCGAUUUGAUGAUGGCGGUGCGGACGAAACAAGGGACGAUGGAUGAUAUCAAACAACAGAUCGUGGAGAACAAUCUAAUGACAAAAGUGCAACCGGUUGGACCACCGUAUUCACACUCAAGCCGGCCAAAGUCAGAAAUUCUGAGUAGUGCUGCCUCUUCCAUGAGCAAUUCGACGCAGAUGCCGAUCUUGUCACACCAUCAACAAGAUUUUGAGCUACAGACAAAGCAGAAUCGAUACUCCAGUCCUCCAUCUGAUGCACUCGCACAAAGAUUCGCAAAGCUAAGGAUGUCACCCCCUGACAGCACUCUCUUAGAGCCCACACAAAAUGGGACGAGCAAUAUGUUACAGUCCGCGCCGCAAGUUAAUCCGUCGCAAACUUCGGCUCAAGCGUCGCCGCAAGGCUCCGUUUUGAGCUCUCCGACACGACGUCCCUUAGGGCCUCGUAGCAUGGGAUCCCCCCAUGCGGUUCCUGCUCUUCCCCCAAAGGUUCCUCUCAACACAUCUCUUCCACGGGCACCCGACCCAGCCUAUAGUCCGAUUUGGACAGUGCCAUCACAGGGACCCUCAAACCCGCCGCGGACCUCGACGGAAAGCUCUCGCCCAGUCAACCCACGGUAUUCUCAGCUCGCAAACUCACAUGGGAGCCCGAGCCGGAAUGGGUUUGAUGAUAAUCCGUACCGAUCCAGAACCCCAAAUGGUGUUCAUCAAGUGCAGGAGAUCCGAAGCAGCAGUGCUGACCUCCCACACAAUACUACGAUCAAUCCGACAGAGUUACUAGAUUACCUUCGCAAAUACAACAUUCUGCUGAUCGAUGUGCGGCCCCGGGAGCAGUAUGAUAAUGGGCAUAUAUAUGCCUCUUCAAUCAUAUGUGUUGAGCCGGUGGUGUUAAAGGAGAACGUAUCAGCUGAAGAGUUGGAGGAGCGUCUUGUGGUGUCGCCGGAGUAUGAGCAGUCAUUAUUCGAACGCCGGAAUGAAUUUGACAUGGUUGUGUACUAUGACCAGAAAACAUCAUCGGUUAGUUAUCUUGCUGGCUCUCCCGUUGGCACGACAGCGCCUCAUCUCCGAGCGCUCUACGAUACGCUUUACGAGUUCAACGCCUACAAACCCUUGAAGGACGGUCGACCACCAGCAUUACUUCUAGGCGGCCUCGACGCAUGGAUUGAUCUCCUAGGCCAACAAUCACUUGCCACAUCCUCCACCGCUGCUGUGAUGGGAUCCUUGCAGCCAAAGCGACCACUGCGAAGGCCCGGGCGACCGCUUGGAAGAGUGCCUACGAUGGUCAGCGCUAACUCUAGCUUAGAGGUCAGGAAACGACGACUGCGCGAGUACAAACCACUGAAUAACCAAGAGCUCACUGAGUGGAUGGAGAAGUCCAAGACAGAGGAAAUUGAUGCCAGUACAUAUGUCGAAGAAGAUGAAGAAGCACUGACGGAGGAGCCUGCUGGAGAGGAGGAGGUUCCUGCAUCGCCCUUUGUUCAGAAUUAUGAAGACUUCCUGCGGCGCUUCCCCGAACCAGGUGCGAUUCAGCAGUCAAUGGUGGUACCACACAUACGACCGGCGGGCACUGCUGCACCGAAUUACGCUGCUCCUGUGCCUGUCGCUCCCUCGCGGCCGCCUCCGGCAGUUCCACGGCCUAGCUAUAGCGGCGUAUCGGACGGCCGGCACAUCCAACCUACUCUGGAGCGGCAGAGUUCGGCCACGAAAACGGCACUUUACACCCCCCUGUCCAUGUUGAGCCGGCUCAAGCUUCCUCGCACUGGGUUGACCAAUUUCGGGGUGACCUGUUACAUGAAUUCGACUCUCCAAUGUCUCAGCGCGACCUUACUGCUGAGCAAGUUCUUCAUCGAUAAUCGGUUUCGGUACUAUGUCCAGAAGAAUUGGAAAGGAUCCCAGGGCGUCAUGCCAGGGCUUUUUGCGAAUCUGAUCCGGUCGCUGUGGAAGAAUGAUGUUGAGGUAAUCAUGCCUACCUCAUUUCGAAACUUCUGCGGGAGGUUGAAUCAAGAGUGGGCGAUCGAUCGCCAGCAAGAUGCCAAGGAGUUCUUCGACUUCGUUGUGGAUUGCCUGCACGAGGACCUCAACAUCAAUUGGCAGCGCAACCAGCUCCGCCCUCUGACCUUCGAAGAAGAGAUGCAGCGGGAGCGAAUGCCGGUCCCCAAGGUCUCCAAAAUUGAGUGGGAUCGGUAUUGUCAUCGCGAGGAGUCCUUCAUCUCCUCACUCUUCGCCGGGCAACAUGCGAGUCGAUUGCGCUGCACCACAUGCAAACGGACGUCCACCACGUACGAAGCUUUUUAUAGUAUCAGCGUGGAGAUUCCUCCGUCUGGAACGGGAGACAUCUACCAAUGCCUUCGUAGCUAUUGCCAGGAGGAAAUGCUGAGCGGCGACGAGGUGUGGAAAUGUCCGUACUGCAAGUGUGAGCGGGUUGCGACCAAACAGAUCAUCAUCACGCGGGCGCCUCAGAUCCUGGUGAUUCACUUUAAGCGAUUUUCGGCGUCGAAAACGCAGAGCGCGCGGAAGAUCCAUACCCCGAUAGAUUUCCCGCUGCAUGGGCUGCGGAUGGACGACUUCGUGUUCUCGCAGCCGACUCCGACCCCCAUUCCGAACGGUCAUUCAGCAACCGCACCCUCGGAGACGACGAUCGCGACCGCCCCUCCCUUCACGUAUGAUGCUUACGGCGUGCUGCGACAUCUUGGGUCCUCGAUGAGCAGCGGACAUUACAUCUCUCUGGUGCGAGAUGCGCAGCGACAAUGCUGGCGCAAGUUUGAUGACGAGCGGGUGACGGAUUUCAACCCGCGGGAUCUGCGACCGAAGGAGCGGUUGCAGAACGAGCAAGCUUACAUUGUAUUCUAUGAGCGAGUGCCUGCGAAAUGAGGGCACAGCUGAGCAUCUUCUUUUCUUUUACCUUGAUCCUCCAAUCCUCAUUUCAUUCAAGCGAUUAUGUUUCCAAUCUGCUUGAAUUUGUGUUACAGUGCCAUUCCGUGAGCGGGAUGGAUCGACGCCAAACCACCGACUCCCGAUUGGCAUGAUAUGAUUACAACUAUUGCCUGCAUAUUUCUUUUUUUUCCCCCUUUGCUUUGCGUUGACUGGAAUGUUUUCUGGCGAAGACACGACUGCAUAAUGACGGGAUGUGAGCAUGUGAGCAUGUGACGAGAUCUUAUACCUUGUUUUAAUCUUAUUGCUUAACUUUGUCCCUUGUGAUUUAGCCCUUUCCGAGUUUAGAUCUGCUCUAUAGCAUGGAUGCAUGGAUGUUGAAUAGGUAGCGUUGUGUGUGCAGCGGGAAUGAAUGGAUUCCGACUA